AUGGAAGCUGUGUCCGCCUCUGUAGCACAGAUCCAUGAGCAGCUGCUGGAAUUCCAGGAUUUUCGGAAAAUGCUUGGCAGGAUUGAAAGGUCCAUCGACUUGCUGCGCAGUGGUGACCUGGGCUCAGCAUCCAAAUCCGUGGAUGUUUCGAGACGUCGCAAGAUGUCAGGUGCGAGCGCAGCAAGCCGCAGUGAUGUCAAGGAAUCGAUGAUCAAGCUGGGAGAGCGAGAGCGCUCACAUUCCAAUCUCAGUGAGAGCGCGUCACGCACUCCUUCCAUGCACAAAAUCAUAGACGUGCUGGAGGAACACACAGCGCGGGUUCUCCAACAGCAACAUCGCCGCAAGGCAAGCAAGGGAAUCAGCGAGCGUAGCGAGGAACCUCUGCAAGCUGAUCAGCCUCUUGCUGAUGUCAUUGGCCUUCACCAGCCAAGCAACUCUCCUCCGUCUUCGAGAAGUGGUCAGCCAAAAGCUGUAUCCUAUCAAGCAUCGGCUUCAAUGUCCUGUGUGUCCAUCCUGUCCCUAAGACAUCCUGAUUCAGUGGGUGCAGCACAGCCAGCUGAUAAAAUCGAAACGGUCCGCACAUGUCGCAGAAAAUCUUUGGACGAGCUGCAAGCUACUCACGACGCAGCCAUAACAGCCACAGUAGCCAAUGGGCUUGCGUGCGAUAGCCUCAAGCUGACCACCAGCAAUCCUCGAUGCAUCUCGCUGGUGGGUGAUAGUGCGCUUCCUCAUCUCGGUUGGUUACUCCUCUCCUUCGUCGGAAUCCUGGAUUUGUAUGAGGGAUCGCGAUGGCGCAUGCUUGCGCGCUGCAUUCUGGCGAUACAGAUAAUGAUCAUUUGCGGGGCUUCCUUUGUGCUAAGUCUGUGGCGCGGCGGCGUGCAGGAAAUUGAGCCCUUGAUCUCAACCGUGCUAUAUUUGCUGGGUGCACUACUGGCAACCGUGAGCCUCCGCCGGUCUGGGAUCACACGCCUCCUCGGCCCCUUUGAACAUGUGCUUGAUGAUUAUGCAGCUGAGAAUGACUACUUGGAGGAGUGGAGAAAGCUUUCCAAGCUUCGCCUGCUGCAAAUCCUCAGCAUUUUUGUGCUGAUGCUGGGUAGCCGAGCUGCUGCCUUGUUGUUCACUGUGCAGCCAAGCUAUGGGAAGCUGAUGCAAAUUCCAGAACAAGAUGCUGCGACCAUCGUGACAUUUACUGUCAUGGCGGCAUGCUACUGCACUGCGUGCUACUGCACUUUGCACAUAACUGCUGGACUAGAAUUGGCAGUGGAUAGUUUUGCAGUGCGAUGCUUCAACACGAGUAACAUUGACGCCGCGAUCGUUGAGUGGAACCUUGUACAGGCUACGUUGCGAAGGACUUCCUGCAAGUUGAGUGAGUUUUUAGUGGUGAUGGCCUCCUCCUGCAUCAUUUCACUGAUCCUAUUUGCCUAUCAGGUCUUCUCGUUGAACUUGUCAGACUCAUAUUACACAGCUCUGGACGUGGUGCUUUGGCUUGGGUGGCUAUAUCCUCCCGCGCUGCUCUUUCUCUACAGCCUUUCAAGUGCCGCUGCAGUCACGGAAAAGGUUGACCGACUUGCACCCUUGGUGAAUUCUUGGACUUUCGACGAGCGGGACCUAUUGGAUGAAUCCCGUCACUACAUGGUUCAGUAUAUCUUGCAAAGUCGAGCAGGCUUCUAUACAAAAGGGGUCCGACUUACUGCUUCCAACGUCCAGAAGAUAUGCUACUAUUUCGCAGCUGGUUCCUUCGGUCUUCUUGCAAAUUUCUGGCAGCACUGA